UACACCUGUUGCACUUCCCAGGCUCUCUCUCUCUCUUUCUGUCCCCCUCUCUUCCCUUUCUCUUUUCCCUCAACUGGCCCGAGAGCACCUGAGAGCUCACGGCCUCGCCAUGGAUCCAAAUGAGGCCUGCGGGAGCGAGAAGGAGAAGGAAAAAGAGAAGGAGAAAGUGAUCAAGAGGAGGAACAGACCUGUGUUUCUGCGGUACCUGGAGAGGAGGAAGACAGACACUAUCGUAUCUGAUGAUAUGGAUAAAGGUGACAUCAACCUGGGGACGCUGGUGAGAAGGAGUCAGUCUGACAAGACGGAGUACAGCGCUAAACUUAAAGAGAAAAUGACACCACAUGACCUGUCCACGCCGCCCUCGCCAGCACUGGACCCAGAGGAGAUCCGUCAGAGGAAGAUGAACCGCAGGGCAAAGGUCAUUCAGGAGCUGGUGCAGACUGAAAAGGACUACCUUCUCGACCUGGAGCUGUGCAUCAGAGAGGUGGUCCAGCCUCUAAGAAAUGUGCAGGCUGUGGAUGUCGACAGGUUGUUCACCAACAUGGAAACAGUGUGUGAGGUUUCUGCAGCCCUCCUUCACAGACUGCAUGAAGCCAUGGCAGACCCUGAUCCAGAGGCAGUUGUUAUAGGAGAUGUAUUCAUACAGGCAAAGGCAGCUUUAGAAGACGUGUAUAAGAUUUACUGCUACCAUCACGAUGAUGCCAAUUCAUCACUCAAGUCCUAUGAGAAAGAGGAAGAGAUUAAGCAACAUUUCACUACCUGUGUAUUAGCUCUGAAGAAAAUCUAUGACCAAGAAGGGAAACCUAACCUACUGGACAUGGGUUCUCUGAUCAUCAAACCAGUCCAAAGGAUCAUGAAGUACCCGCUCCUCCUUAGGGAGCUUUGGCAAGCUACACCUGAGAACCAUCCUGAUUAUCGGCCCCUGCAGGAGGCAUUUACUGCUGCCAAGAUCAUCAAUGUCAACAUCAAUGAGUUCAAGAGGCGAAAAGAUAUAGUUAUGAAGUAUAAGCGGGUGGAGGAUGAAGGCACUUUGAGGGGAAAAUUGAAUAAGUUCAACAUCCACUCCAUCCGUAAGAAAGGUGACAGGUUUGCCGGCUUUCUAAAGAUCCUCACUGGAGUUGAACCACAGGUGAGAGAUGAAGUGUUUGACAGAGAAGAGAAACUGUUCAGGAGUUUGGAGAAGGCUGUGAGGCAGCUGGUCAAGAACGUUCAAUGUUACCUGCUGCAGAUUCAGGAGAUGGUGUCUGUUGCCGUUCAGAAUGUGCAAGAAAUGGAAAACAUCAUGAAGGACCCAAACAGAAAUGGAACAAAUGGCUCAUCGCACAAUAAUGGAAAUGACCCCUAUAAGCACUUUAAAGACAGUUUGGAGCGCCUUGUCCUCGCCCCCCUCCUCUCCCUGCAGGGCAUGUUCACAGCCCCACAAAAGCUUAUCCAGAAGCGUUAUGACAAAUUGCUGGAUUACUGCAGCCGCCUGGAGCGCUCCUCUUCUUUCUCAUCCUCGUCCUCGCCAUCCACCUCCUCCUCAUCUCCUUCACUGGCAUCAGAAGACCCGCCUGGUCCCGCCAGGAGGGACUAUGAAGCUCUUAAUGCUUUGCUGGUGGAGGAGUUGCAGAGGUUCAACAUGGCUUCUUAUACAAUCCUCACCAACUGUGUGGUGUAUUUUGUGGCCUUGCUUAGAAGGCUGAUGGACAGAAUACUACUAAGCGCCCCAUCUGUACAGCAGCUUCCAGCUCCUUUGUCGAACAUUGCUGAAGUACAGAACAGCAUCAUGGAGCAGCUGAACAAUUUGGCUUUUGUGAAGGAUAAUGCGCAAAAGCUAAUGGAACGAAAAGUCAGCUUUGAGAGACGAGACAAGAAAACAACGAUGCCAGAGGUGCAGCAUCAAACUGAGGAACAGCGCAACCGGCUGCUGGCUGAACAUCCACUGAGCCGUCUGUACCAGCUGAAGAGGAAGUGCAAUGGCUGCCAGGAGCACGACCUCAGCCUGCUGGAGGGGGAGCUGGUGGCUCUGCUAGAGGACACAGACCCAAUGGGCAGCAGCAGCCGCUGGCUGGUUCACACUGGAGGUUCCCAAGGCUACGUCUACUCCACGUUCCUGAAGCCGUACAACCCUCUGAGGGACUCCAUGCGGGCUGGUCAGAUGGUCAAGGAGCAGCAGCAGGCACAGCCUCAGCCUGUCAUGGUGGAUGAGGACUUUGACGACAUCAGCCUGUUUGUGUCGGGCAGUGGUAGCAGCAGCCUGCGCAGCUUCAACCUCAACACCACCGACAGCGGCUCCACCCACUCUGGACUACAGGGGGAGCCAGAGAGCCCCGAAGAGCUGGAGGAAUCAGUGGAUGGUGAUGUUCAGCAGUUUUAUGCUGUUUAUGCAUUUCAAGCACGCUGUGACCAGGAGCUAACUUUACAGGAGUACCAGCAUGUCCGCAUCCUCCAGUUCUCUGACCUGGGAGGCAAUAAGGACUGGUGGUUAGCCGAAGCUAAUGGACAGAGGGGAUAUGUCCCUGCCAACUACCUUGGCAGGAUGUCUUAUGCAUAAAUAUUCAAGUGAAGACUAUCCAGAAAACCUAACCACAAACCACCCUGUGACAUACCAAUAGACUUUAAAAUCUAAAAGAAUAACUGCAGUAAUCUCAAGACAUUUCUGCUAACUUGCACUAGGGAUCACUAGAUGUUAUAAAACCACUUUUACCAAAAGUGUUGAACCGGUUUUGUGUUCAGACAGUACCAUGGAAGCUCACUAAUGGGACUCAGUCAAUAUUAAGAGAUAA